CACAGCCCUGGUGACGUCACACUUCCGGGUUCGGCGAGAUCAAACCACAACUCGGACAUGUUUAAUCACGCUUUGUGUAUUUCUCGGUUUAUUUCUUUCUUUCUUUUUUUAAACUCUGCUUUAAAUAUCUGAUGACAUAUUCCGGGGACUUUAGUGAAGUUGUCAGAUUUGAAAAGGAAUUAUUUAACUGGAGAAAAAAGGGAAAAAAACAAACCCUUCCCCUCUGAGCCUCAUCCUCUUUACCUUUAUUUCUGUUCCUCUUUAUUCCUGAUGAAGGUGUUGUGUUGAUGAACAAGCGAAGCUCUGCAGGGGUGUGUGUGUGUGUGCUGUGCGGGUUACCUGCAGUGGGGAAGUCCACACUCACACACCUCCUCUCUGAUCACCUUCACACACACAGCUGGAGGACUUUUAUCAUCUCGUAUGAUGAGUUAAUACCUGAGGAGGCUUUUCACUUCAGCACACCUGACAGAGGUGAAGAUGAUGAUGAUGAUGAAGACUCAUCUACACAGGCGGGGUGGAAGCAGCACAGACAGGCCGUGUUGGAGUGUGUGGACGGUUUCCUGCAGGAGCUCAGUGCUGACACACCUCACACACACACCGGAGGAGGAGGAGGAGGAGGAGGAGGAAGAGGAGGAACAGGAAGUGUGUGUGAACGCUUUAUACAGGCCAUGGAGAAGCAGCAGAUCCUCCCAGUGUUACAGAACACACACUCCGAACCUCAGCGACUCGUCCUGCUGCUCGACGACAACUUCUACUACCACAGCAUGAGAUACGGCGUGUACCAGCUCGCACGCAGACAUGCGGUGGGCUUCUGUGAGGUGUACCUGCACUGUCCACUAGAAGUGUGUCUCCAUAGAAACAGGGUCAGAGGUCAGCCAGUGUCGGAUGAUGUCAUCACUGAGAUGUCCAAUCGCAUGGAACCUCCGAACACUGAGAAGAAUCAGUGGGAGAAGAACAGUGUUACUGUGGACAACACACACACCGUCACACACACACACCUACAGGAGUUGCUGCAGAUGAUUUCUUCAGCUGCAGAAAAUCCUCUGAGUCCAGUUCAGGAUGAUUCAGAGCAGCGGGAGGCAGACAGACAGCGCUGUGCCUGCAGUGUGGUGCAUCAGGUGGAUCAGGUGUGCAGGAGACUCGUUUCUCAGGCCAUGGUGACGGCGAGAGCGUGCACACGGAGCGGUGAGGAGCUGAAGGCGUUAGCGCGAGAGCUGAGUGAGGAGAAGAGUCGGUUCCUGCAGGAACUCAGAGCGCAGCUUCUCCAGCAGCUGGGACAGGACGAGUGUGUGUGUGUGGAGCGUGUGGUCGACGUGGCGACCGACACGUUUACACGCAGAACACGCGUGAUGAUGGAGCGACACGGCGUCUGCGUUCACGCCACAUCCAGCUCAUAAUCACUGUGUGACAAACGCUGAAUGCUUUUAUUUAGAAAGAAUAAAAGUUUAUUGCAGUAAGAGAUCAGAGUGUGAAUGCGGUCACCGUCUCGCUGUGAUUUUACUCCCUACAGCAAUAACGAGACCUUUCAUUCACGUCAUUCAUUUCUUUAUUAUUAAUUACAGUAAGAGCCGAAAAAGACCUCAUUUAAUUCACUGUUUUAUUAUUAUUUUAUUAUUAAUUAACAUAAGAUGCUAAAAAAGAUCUAAUUUAAUUUGCUUUUUAUUAUUACUUUUAAUUAUUAAUUAAAAUAAGUUACUAAAAAGAUCUAAUUUAAAAUAACAAUAAAU